GGACCGGACGGCGGGAUGGCGGGGGCUCUGCUGGGUGCCCUGCUCUUCCUGGAGCUCCUCGGUGGAGGUGACGGCAAGAACGAAGAGCUACGUCUCUACCACCAUCUUUUCGACAACUAUGACCCAGAACGCCGGCCGGUGAAGGAGCCUGAAGACACUGUCACCGUCACCCUCAAGGUCACCCUGACCAACCUGAUCUCACUAAACGAGAAAGAGGAGACCCUCACCACCAGCGUCUGGAUUGGAAUCGACUGGCAGGAUUACAGACUCAACUUCAGUAAGGACGACUUCGGGGGCAUAGAAACCUUGCGGGUCCCUUCGGAGCUCGUGUGGCUGCCUGAGAUCGUGCUGGAAAACAACAUCGACGGCCAGUUCGGCGUGGCCUACGACGCCAACGUGCUGGUCUACGAGGGCGGCUACCUGAGCUGGCUGCCCCCGGCCAUCUACCGCAGCAGCUGCGCCGUGGAGGUCACCUACUUCCCCUUCGACUGGCAGAACUGCUCGCUCGUCUUCCGCUCGCAGACGUACAACGCCCGAGAGGUGGAGUUCGUCUUCGCCGUGGAUGAGGAGGGCGAGACCAUCAGCAACAUCGACAUCGACACCGAGGCCUACACUGAGAACGGCGAAUGGGCCAUCGAUUUCUGCCCCGGACUGAUCCAUCACCACGGGGGCUCCGCGGACGACCCGGGGGGCAUUGACGUCAUCUACACGCUCAUCAUCCGCCGGAAGCCACUCUUCUACACAAUCAACAUCAUCGUGCCCUGCGUGCUCAUCUCGGGCCUGGUGCUGCUCGCCUACUUCCUGCCGGCGCAGGCCGGCGGCCAGAAGUGCACCGUGUCCAUCAACGUCCUGCUGGCGCAGACCGUCUUCUUGUUCCUGAUCGCCCAGAAAACCCCCGAGACGUCGCUGAGCGUGCCGAUGCUGGGCAGGUACCUCAUCUUCGUCAUGGUGGUCGCCACGAUCAUCGUCAUGAAUUGCGUCGUGGUGCUCAACUUGUCACUGCGGACGCCCACCACGCACGCCGCGUCUCCGCGGCUGCGCCACGUCCUGCUGGAGCUGCUGCCUCGCCUCCUGGGCUCCGGCGCGCCGCCCGAGCCCCCCCGGGCCGCCUCGCCGCCCCGGCGCGCGUCGUCGGUGGGCCUGCUGCUCCGCGCCGAGGAGCUGAUACUGAAAAAGCCGCGGAGCGAGCUCGUGUUUGAGGGGCAGAGGCACCGGCAUGGGCCCUGGACCGCCGCCCUCUGCCAGAGCCUGGGCGCCGCCGCCCCGGAGGUCCGCUGCUGCGUGGACGCCGUGAACUUCGUGGCCGAGAGCACGCGAGACCAGGAGGCCUCCGGCGAGGAGGUGUCCGACUGGGUGCGCAUGGGGAAGGCCCUCGACAACAUCUGCUUCUGGGCCGCCCUGGUGCUCUUCGGCGUGGGGUCCAGCCUCAUCUUUCUGGGGGGCUACUUCAAUCAAGUGCCCGAGCUGCCCUACCCGCCGUGUAUGUAGACGGCUCUUCCACCGCCUCCGGGAGGAAACCGGGCGUGAAAAAACCAAGUUGCGGUCGCUGCCGUAGUGGGAUUCUUUCCCAGUGCCGAUAAUAAACCCGCGCCUUUCCGUCUCAAGAAGAGUCGUGUGCGCACACGCGUGGGUCUGGCCACCGGGCAGGGGGCAGAAGCAGAGGGCAGACGGUUCAGGCAGGCUCUUGGGUGCCAGUCUGGAAACGGCUGCCCGCCCCUCCGCUCAGCCUUGCUGACCUCCCAGCUCUUCUGAGGCCCUCGUCCCGCGUUACCCUCCAGCCCUGUGAGCUUCUGAGCGCUCUUUAUCCCUUGAUUAACCAAAGCGAAGACGCCCCUUGGCAGGACUUGACGGAAGCAGCCCGGCCCUUCCCUGUUGGAGGGGGCAGAGGCCACAGGCUCUCAGCAAAGGUUUCCACCCCCCCCCCCCCAGCCACAGGGUAAGGCCGAGAGGGUGCCCUGGGGCACCCUCAGUCACUUCUGAUUUACCCAGCAUGGCCCCCCUGACCGCUUCCACCAAAACCCACUCAUGCAGCUUCUGCCCCGCCCCGUCUGCCCCCUCUCUCCCACCUCUGCUGGUUUAUCCUGGCUGGUGUCCAGGACCGGGAGAGAAAACGGAAAUAAAAGGGGGCCCGAGAUGGUG